AUAGGCACAGAGUCCUAACAGUAAACACGCGCCUCUUCAUCUUGUUGCUGCCAACCUCACUCCUUUUUUUCCUUCACCGUUCUCUUCUCUUCUCUUCUCUGUCGGUAUCUUUCAUCUCUCUCUCUCUCACUCACUCACACAAUCCCUUUUCCGAUUCCAAAACCCUAAUUAACCGCCGCUACUCAUAAUCAUAAUUCAAAUCAAUUUCCAAAUCGAAUCGAAACAAUAGGAUGAUUGCUUCCCCUAUGGGUUUUGGAAGGAGUCAGAUGUUAUUGGGUUAGUUUGCACUUACAACAACAGAUAAAAUCAAUCUCAGUUUAAUAUAUAUUAUAUGGAUCGACGUGAUACCUCGGGGUUCGUCAGCGGGGGUGCAUUAUACUCUUGUGGACAUAUCUAACCCUAACUUUGUAGAUAUACUUUUCUUUUUUGCUCAGAAGUCAGGCAGGCUAUUCUGUUGACAUUCGUAAAUAGGAUUAGAUAUUUAUUUUCUGCAGUUGUUUUAUGGAAUCAAGGUUCGGGCACUUGGGAUUUCCUGUUAAUAAUUCUGCAAAUGCAUUCAAGAUUUUGGGCAGCUCUAUGCAAGUUGAAGGAAGUGGAGUUGAUUAUUAUGGUACAGAUACUAUGCUGCGACUUGAUUCCCCUGGUACUUCGAUCCCCUCCCUUAAGCCUUCCUCUAGGGGAUUAAAAAGGAAGUGGGAUUUAAUUGAUGGUUGUAUCGAUCAGACAGUUGGCUCUUCCCUGUCACUUGGGCUUGGGCGUUCAACCAGCUCAUCAGACAGCAAGGGAAGUUCAGCCGUGGCUUGCACUGCUAUGUCUUCAGGCAAAGAUGUUGAUGAGGAGUCAUCUAUGGAUAUUGGACUGGACUUCACUCUUAAUCUCGGCUGUGAAAAGGUACAUAGCCUUAAGAAAUCAGCUGAUUCCAAUAUGAAGGCGUCGAGGUUUGAUUUGGAAUUGAGCCUUUCCACCAGACCUUGCGAGUCAGAUAUUACAAGUGUUCAUCUAAAUCCAUCACCUCUUCAAUUGAAUAUGGAGAUGGCAUCAGUAUUUAGUGGGACUCAAAAUGCAGACGAGGGAUCAACCUCAUGCAGUUGGAUACCGGGGGUUGUUUUGCCAUCUUUGAAGGCAUCAUCAAAUACAGACACCAGUUUCCUUCUAAAUCAGGCUCCAAAACAGUUUGAUCACAGUCCCAUUGUUCUGGACCACUCCUCAACUGGACCAAAAAGUGCAGUCACCUGUAUUUCCGGGAUAACACAUCAACAGCAGCCACCGCAUCGCCAUGUUAAUUCCAAGAUAUGUCAAGUUGAGGGAUGUGGAAAGGGAGCUAGAGGUGCCUCUGGACGUUGUAUAUCUCAUGGUGGUGGUAGAAGGUGUCAGAAACCUGGCUGCCACAAAGGAGCUGAGGGUCGUACCGUGUACUGCAAGGCCCAUGGAGGAGGCAGACGAUGUGAAUACCUUGGUUGCACUAAGAGUGCAGAAGGACGGACCGAUUUCUGUAUUGCCCAUGGUGGUGGCCGAAGAUGCAGCCAUGAUGGUUGUUCUAGAGCUGCCAGAGGGAAAUCUGGACUGUGUAUCCGACAUGGUGGUGGCAAGAGGUGCCAGAGAGAAAAUUGUACCAAGAGUGCAGAAGGCCUAUCAGGUCUUUGCAUCUCACAUGGCGGAGGACGUCGAUGCCAAGUUGCUGGGUGUACAAAAGGGGCACAAGGGAGCACCAUGUUUUGCAAAGCACAUGGUGGAGGGAAACGGUGUACAGCACCAGGGUGCACUAAGGGUGCUGAGGGGAGCACCCCCUUUUGUAAGGGCCAUGGUGGGGGCAAACGUUGUACCUACCAGGGUGGUGGAAUUUGCACUAAAAGUGUUCAUGGAGGUACCAACUUUUGUGUGGCACAUGGUGGUGGAAAGAGGUGUGCUGUAGCAGGCUGCACAAAGAGUGCCAGAGGAAGGACUGAUCACUGUGUCCGCCACGGGGGAGGCAAGAGAUGCAAAUCUGAAGGGUGUGGAAAGAGUGCACAAGGUAGUACUGACUUCUGCAAGGCACAUGGGGGAGGCAAGAGAUGCUCGUGGGGCCAUCCUGGGUCAGAAUAUGGCAUCCAGCCAGAUGGUGCUUGUACUUCAUUUGCAAGGGGGAAAACAGGUCUGUGUGCACUUCAUAGUGGACUAGUGCAUGAUAGAAGGGUUCAUGGAGGUCUCUCUUUGGGAUCUCUUCCGGAUCCUCGUUCUAGCAAGCCAGAUCAACUAAGGCAGUCACUCUUUGACAGAGACAUGGAAGUUGCUAUGAUGAAAAUAGGGAGUGGUACUGCAGCUGCCCCAUUGAACCAACUUGAACUUGCAAGUGCUCGUGCCUCAGCUGACGAAGGUGGUCACUUUCCUAUGUCAGUUGCUGUUCCUGAAGGUAGGGUGCAUGGUGGAAGUCUGAUGGCAAUGCUAACUGCGGGUUCCGGUAGUGGUACAAGGACAAGCACCGGGAAAGGUAUAGCUAAUAUUGAUCCAUCCAUGCCAAUCAAAGGUUACAAUGUCAUGCCCCAGAGUUGGAUUUAAAGCUAGUUAUCGAUUCUGUUGUUAUGGUUUCUUUAUUUAACAUAUUUUAUUAGCAUUUUACUUUGAUAUCCCUUUGACGUCAGAUUUUGGACGAUUAGUGUUAUUCUCUAUGGAAUGCACAAGUUGUCUGACGAUUUAACGUAGGGACAUUGUACUUUGUUAGGUAGUUGGCGAUGUUCUUUUUCUAUUCCUAGUUCCUGUGUAAAUAUAAUUAUAUCUGAUGAAAUGUCUAGCAGGUUGUGAAUACAUGUUGCUACCUGUAAGGACUUUAGUGUGCCAUGUAUUCUAUUUAAUAAUUUCAAUAAUAAAGCCUUCCUGAAUUGUAUUUCGUUAUUAUAA